AUGCCCGGUCUAACCCUCCCGCCUUUCCCGGAUAACAUCCCUACUCAUCCUCUGUUGGUUAUUGACUAUGAGCUUCUGAAGUCGGGAGAUUCAGAGGAGAUUGGUAAGCUAUGGAAGGCUGCGACGGAGUUGGGAUUCUGGUAUCUGAAAAACCACGGGGCGAACCACGAAGUUGAAGAGAUGUUUGAGAUGGGUGCUGAGACGUUAAGCCUCCUACUUGAAGAGAAAAUGAAGUUCGUUCAGACUAGUGAACUCAACUUCUUUGGAUACAAAACGUUGGGAGCAACUGCAACGAAUGCGCAUGGUAAUCCCGACAGUUAUGAAGCUAUUAAUAUCUCGAAGGAAGAUGCUCUGGCGUAUCCCGACGUAAUCAAUCGUACUUAUCCAUCUACAGUUAAUGUGCGAAUGCGCUCGACUAUCACUCCGUUCGUGAAGAAGUCAAUCGAAGUCAUCGGUACCAUGUAUUCAAUCUUCGAAAAGCAACUUGGUCUCCCGGAAGGUACGCUACUCGCGCUUCACGCACCCAUGGAAAAGAGUGGUUCCGAGUGCCGAGUCAUCAGGACACCGCCCAAGCAUAUGAAUAUGGAUAACGCACUGAAUAAGGACAAAGUAUCACUCGGUUCGCACACGGACGUCGGUUCACUUUCGUUCCUUCAUAAUCGUCUCGGUGGACUAGAGGUCCUUCCUCCGAAUAGUCCAGAAUGGCAGUAUAUACUACCAAUUCCUGGUCAUGCUAUCUGCAACGUCGGAGAUUCGCUCUCCGUAUUCUCUAGUGGAAUCUUACGCUCGAACAUGCAUCGCGUUGUUCCGCCACCGGGCGAACAAGGCGCAUUUCCACGCUGGUCUCUAGUAUUCUUUUCGCGCCCGUCGAGUCGUGUACUCCUUAGAGCCCUGGAGGAAAGCAAUAUGGUGAAGGAACAACUCAGUCACUUGACACCCGAGGAGAAGGCAAAAUAUAACCCAGGAGUGACGCAAGGUGAAUGGUACGCUAGAAGAAAGGGUUACUCUAUGCUCAAGAAUAGAACGGGGCCUGAGACUUACAUCGCGAGUAGGGGUAUGGAACACAAACCGACCUUUGAAUAA